UUUUCAGUGCCGUAGCGGGCUUCAAGAUAUUGGAUUUGGGGGGAGGGGAGGCACGAAGCAGAAACAUUAAGAAAACAAUGGGGGUUAAAGCCAGCCACACCCCUACUACUAAUAUUCAUUACCUUUAAAACUUUUUAAAACUAUUGAGGGGAGGGGGAAUCAUAGAGAAAAGGCACAAUAUUUUACGGUCCUUCAAUAAGAAAUUACCAAUUUUUGGGCGGUCGAGAUUCUAUUCAAGAUCACGACGACUAUUGUUCGUUUUAAUGACACGAAGUUGAAGCGAUAUAAAUAUCAUUCUUUUGAGUGCGAUGAUGCCGAAAUUAUCCCGACUAGUAAUAGGUUCCCAUAAUGUGAUCCCUUUCAUCUCAUGUUACUUCUUUUUAAUGGUGCAACUAUAUAAAGAGAAAUAUGAUGGGGUGAUUGCAAAUAUGCAACAGCAUAGCUUAGUGACAUUUAAAAAAAAUAUUUUAUUUUGCACUAGGCUUGUUUUGUCACAGCUGCAAACCGAAACGAUAAGGGAUGUAUUUGAAUGCAAUUUCCUUUGAAGACCCGCAAUUUAUACACUAUUUGUCAAAUAACUAUCAAUUGAAACAUAGGAACGAUUUUUGUAUUCAUGUCUCCCUACUCCAGCAUACAGCUGCGCACGACAAAAUCCGGAACUUUCAGGGAAAUAAUUAAAAGAGUCGCGCUGGUUUUCAACCCAAAUCUUAUCCAAAUCCUAGACGCCCGCUAAGCGUAGCCCCAGCGUUUGUGAAAAAAGUCAUAAUACAAUAAUGGUCAUUUCAAUAUCAUAUUCAUGAUAUCAGUCUCAAUUCGGUUUGACGAAUCGAAAAAGAAUCAAUUAAAAUAUGUAGGAGGUCUAAUUAGGAAAAUUAACAAAUAAUAAUGAGAUAAGCGUGGCUGGAUAAAAUGUUAUAAAGACUUCGACACAACCUGCACAUCUCAAAGAAGAGAGAAGACGAAUGCUUCUUUCAAGUGGAAUAAGCGUGUUCUAACGAUAGUUUGGACUUGACACCAAAUUUGCGCAAACAUGACAAACAAUUUUUCGUGUUAUUUUUACUCCACAUGGGCCCAGAAAGGCCCUAAAACGCAGACCGAGUUCGCCAUAAUCUUUGGGUUGAACGGGAUCACAAUUCUUCCCGCCAUCGUCCUCAAUACAUUAGUACUCAUCUCGAUAUGGCGGACACCAGCGCUUCAUACGCCGUCUAUGGUACUCAUGACUAACCUUGCUCUGUCGGAUUUGGCUGUCGGGGCAAUUGCUCAGCCGAUAAUGAUAGCUUAUGCAGCCUUGGAGUUUGAAGUCGAUAACUGGCCCAGAACUUUCUGCUAUGUUGCCACGAUAUUUGGGAAUGCAGGGACAGUUUUUGGCGGUGUUUCUAUGUUCAGCCUAACAGCAAUUGCCAUUGACCGAUUCCUCGCCUUGCAUUAUCAUCUUCGCUAUCCCGCGAUUGUUACUGCAAAGAAAGCUAUCGCCGUUUGCCUUGUUUUCUGGGCUUUCUCAUUUUUUCUUGUGGCCAUUUGGUACAUACUUGGAAACAAGAUUUACACGUUAAUUGUAAACGUAUGUAUAGUAGUUCUUUUUGGAAUUACUAUUGUGAGUUACUUUAAAAUCUACAAGGUGAUCAAAAGACAUCAGACUCAGAUUCAUGUGGUCGAGUCUAGCGUAACCGCUUGUGGAGAGACUGGCUCUAAUGCUCAUAACACUGCAAACACCAAAAGGUAUAAGAAAUCUGUGAUGAAUAGCCUCGUGGUGUACUUUGUGUUUGUAGCUUGUUCCACGCCUUUCGCUUGUGCCUUUGCAUACUGGGAGGUCACACAAAAUUACUUUCUGUCGCCGAUACUUGUAAGGCUUUCAUUGUCGGUACUUUUCUCUAAUUCCUGCAUUAACCCUAUUAUCUAUUGCUGGAAGAUGAGGGAGUUGCGUGAGGCAGUCUGGCAGAGUGCUACGGGGCUCAGAGACUGUCUUGUUGGAGUGAAGUCAAGAGCAAAUAAGGGUCCCCCAAGUACCGCAUGGAUUACCGCGAUUCGGUACUAACAUAGACCUGCGUUAAAACACCUGCGAGCGAGGCAUGUACUAACACAGCCUGCGUCAAGACUGGCGCGUAGCUUCGCAUGGAUCACCGCGAAAGGAAAAGAUUCAAACUUUAGGCCCAACACCUUUAGGUUUUCUUAGCGGGCCCCGAAAUAUUGGGGGAAGGGCGAGGAGAGGAAAAGAGAAACAUUAAGAACAUUUCUAGGGCACUGGAUGGCCAGAAAGUUGUUCUAUAAUUAUGUCGCUGUCACCCUAUGGGUUCUUCCCCCCUCAAAGUCACGUGAAUAUCUGGGCAUAAUGAGGAGUGCCCCGCCAAACCUAGUAUUAUAUAUACCUAUUUUUCAUUGUGGACAGAAAUGGUAAAAGGAAGUAGCUGAAAAAGAAUUCCGAAACUGCAUUCUGAGUUUUUAUGAAAAGAAGAGAGCAUUUUGUAAGAUUGUUCUAAAUCUUCUAAAGCUUCUUAAAACAUGGGUGCGUACGUGAAGCUAUAUUGCAUAUUGCAUAUCUUUAUUUAUUUUUAUUUAGAGGCUUCCGUCACGACGUGACGAGGGAAUUGCUAACUCCGACACACUACACGUGACAGGACAACACUAAUUUUACAGAACUAA